AAGACGUACUGCGUCAGUCACGUGAGUUUCAGUCCUAAAAGCACAUUUGUCAGAUGUCAAGGAUUUAUCGCAGAUCUCUUUCGUUUUUAAUUGUUUGCGAGUGAAAACCGACGUGUUUAGUAUGGGUUUAGAAGCCUGGUACAUGGACGGCUCAGACGAGGACCAGAGGAAGCCCCAUAGACUGAACCCGAAUCAGUCCGUCUCCCUGGACGAGUUGAGGAAGCUCGGAGUUUUCCACUGGAAACUGAAUGCUGAUACCCAUGAAACGGAUCCAGAGCUGAAAAAGAUCCGCAAAGAGCAAGGAUACUCCUACAUGGACAUUAUUACAAUCGCAAGGGACAAACUACCCAACUAUGAGGAAAAGCUGAAGAUGUUCUAUGAGGAGCAUUUACAUUUGGAUGAUGAGAUCCGCUACAUCCUGGACGGGCAGGCCUACUUUGAUGUCCGGGACAAGGAGGACAGAUGGAUCCGAAUCGCCAUGAAAAAGGGAGACUUGAUCACCCUGCCGGCCGGCAUCUACCACCGCUUCACCCUGGAUGAGACGAACUACACCAAAGCCAUGCGGCUGUUUGUCGGGGAGCCGGUGUGGAAGGCCUACAACCGGCCGGCAGACGACUCUGACAUCCGGCAGAAAUACGUGGCCUCGCUGAAGGGAUCCUGAACGGCUGCAGACUCCCUCCCAACUAAUACGCUAAAAUCACUUCCUUCAGUUUGACCUCAGCAGGUUCACAAGAAGACUGAUGAGGAAAGACGUACACUGAUCAUUUGUGAUGAAAGAGAUCUUGAGGUGGAAGGCAUCAGAUUACUCCUUUGUGCUGUACUGUUUAAAAGGUUACAUGGUGCUUUUUAAGAGCUCACUUAUUAGUUUUUUUUAGAUACUCAUGCUUUUUAUAUUUUACCUGGGUUUGAGGUGAAAAAGUUUGAAGUAAUUUUACUAAAAGGUGACUUCAUUUGUAAUAAAGCAUGAGUCUAAUUUCUAAUUCCAAGCUCGGGAAAUGAACAAAAUGGUGUUCAUGACAGGUCAAUGUACAUUUUUAUUAAACUAGAAAUGAAUCUGCUGCUCAUAA